AGUGGAAAACCUCUUACCCAUUUUUUGAUUUGAUGAUUAUUGUCCUGUUCGUUUCCCAAGAAAACAGAUCUCCCCAAUCAUUCAACCCCAGGAUUUUCUCACCCAACAUCAAUUUUCCGACGGUUUCUAGCAUUUCCCUGCAAACCAAACGAGCUUAACCUUUGAUGGGCCUUCUUCACUUGCAGUCAUGGCAAAUUCUUUCGUCUCUGCAACACCCACUACUGUGACGCUUCUCUCGAUCCUUCACAGAUUACCCAUCACUCGUUUUCACCUUCUACUCAUUUUUCUUCAUACUCUUUUAUAGCUCCAGCUUUUUACCCUCUGUUUCGUUCCUGAGAAAAAUAGCCACACAGAGGAAAGUUGCAACCCAUUUGGAUUUUCCCGAGAAAACAGCUUUUCGAUUUUAAUCAGUUUUCUCGGCAGCUAAACAGGGGCUGAUUAUGGCAUCGGUGUUUCUGUAUCACGUGGUGGGCGAUCUGACAGUGGGGAAGCCGGAGCUGGUGGAGUUUCCGGAGACAGAGACUGUGGAAUCAGCAAUUCGGGUCAUCGGAGAAUCGGCAGAAGGCAGUAUACCUAUUUGGAAGAGAAGGUCACAUGUGGGUGUGAUGGAAAAAUCGGAAAUGAGGCAACAAAGGUUUGUGGGUAUCCUCAAUUCUCUUGAUAUUGUUGCUUUUCUGGCCAGAGAUGCAUGUUUAGUGGAUCAGGAGAAGGCCAUGAAGACCCCGGUUUCAGAGGUUGUUGUUCCCAACAAUUCUCUAUUGAGAGAGGUUGAUCCUGCAACAAGAUUGAUAGACGCCCUGGAGAUGAUGAAGCAUGGUUUGAAGCGUCUUCUUGUUCCUAAGAGUGUGGUAUGGAAAGGCAUGAGCAAGCGAUUCUCAAUUCUCUACAAUGGCAAGUGGCUCAAGAACCUUGAUGCCUCCAGCAGCAGCACCAACCUUGCUCCAAAUGCCAACCGGCCUUCCUCAUCCUCCACCCCGUCCAGCCGCAACAAGUUUUGCUGUCUUUCAAGAGAAGAUGUCAUCCGUUUUGUCAUUGGUUGCCUUGGUGCACUAGCUCCAUUGCCUCUUUCUUCCAUCUCCUCCCUCGGAGCCAUCAGCCCAAACUACUACUCCAUUGAAGCCUCCUUCCCAGCCAUCCAAGUCACCCAAAAGCUGCCCCAGGAUCCUAGUGCAGUUGCUGUUGUGGAGUCCACACCAGAUGGCCAAUAUAAGAUCAUUGGGGAGAUCUCUGCCUGCAAACUAUGGAAAUGUGAUUACUUAGCCGCGGCAUGGGCUUUAGCCAACCUCUCUGCGGGGCAGUUUGUGAUGGGAGUUGAGGAUAACGUGACCUCAAGAUCCCUUCCUCAUUUUUCAGUGAAUUCAACUGGUGGUGAGAACAAUAUGGCUAAUGGGGGUGCCUCAACAAGGCAACGCAAGUUUAGUAGCAGGAGCAUUGGAUUUUUUAGUAACCCAGCAAGCCCAAGUUUUGGGGCUAGUAGGAGCAUGUAUAGGGGCAGAAGUGCACCCUUAACAUGUAAAGUUACGAGUUCGUUGGCUGCAGUCAUGGCUCAGAUGCUGUCUCACAGGGCAACCCAUGUGUGGGUGACUGAGGCCGAAAGUGAAGACAUCUUAGUUGGGGUGGUGGGUUAUGCCGACAUCUUGGCUGCUGUGAUCAAACAGCCUGCACCUGUUAUUCCAUCAACAACUCCAUCUGCCCCAUUUGCAUUGGGACCACUUUCUCUUCAGGUAUGUACUGCAAAUUUAGGCUUGUGGGGUUAAUAAGUCCCUUGAUGUUCUUUAUCAUUUGGUUGUGAAUGUGAGCAAUGAAGCAAGUUGUUUGUCUCA